UGUAGCUCUUCACUUGAUGUGCACUUUGUUGAAUUUGCUCAUAGACAUUGGCUGAGCUUUCAUAUGCACUGUAAUAUGGGGAGAGGAUGCAGCAUCACAGAGAACCAACAAGGCCACUGCUCUUAGGGAGCUUAUGGUCAUGUUAGGGUGGGGCGGACUGAUAUUUCAGGAAGUGAGCCCUGUUGUGAUAAGAACUGAACAGGGUAAUGUGAUGGAGAGUGAGUGGGGAACUACGUUAAGAGGGGUCAUUAGGAAAGAGUUGUUUGAGGAAGUAAUACAUAAACCGAGGUACAUACGACAAGAAGGGAUCAUAUGGAUGCCCAUUUUGGGCAAGAGCAGUUCAAUCAAUCAGCAGGAAUCUAGAACAAUACUUCCAGGAUGCGAGGGUUCUUCCUGGGCUGCAGAGCUGGCUGUGUGGCUGAGGCUCAGAGAAGCUGAAAGAGAAUGAAGCUCAGAGGUCUGCAGGGACAGAACCCCGUCAGGCCCAAGGAUGAGAUAAUUCCUUCAGACCUCUGACUGGCCAUGUGGCUGGUUCAAGUCCCUCAUCAAGCAGUGCUACAACCACCAGAGAACGUCUCCUGUCAUUUGUGAAUGGUCUCACAGCUGCCCUGAGCCUGGAAGGAUGGUGUCACAGUCAUCAGGCCAGCAGGAGUCCCCUAUGAACUCCUGGGAAGGGAUCGGCAGUGACUCCAGUGAUGCCAUUGACUCCUUCUGCCUCCUGGACACUGAACGCCCCCACUGCCAAUUAGAUGUCCGGCUCAGGAGGCACAAAGCUGCCUGGAUUAACCCCCCGUGUGUGCAGCCCCUGCUGCCGCUGCAGGACUUGCCUUCCCGGAUGCCAACAGUGGGGGACAAUGCAAACAUGUCGGUGGCAGAUGCCACCCCUCCCUUGAGCCCUUCUCCACCCUUCCUCAGGGACUCUUCUGGAGAGACAGAGUUGUGUGAGGACACUGCAGACUGUGUGGGUGGGGUGUCUGCCCAAGGCUCAGGCGAAAAGAACAAUGACUUCUCCUUGACCUCAACUGGAUGUUCUCGUCAUAUGUCUCUCCUCGCUAGCUCCAGGUGUUUGGGCUGGAGCAGGUGUUCUGAGGUUGGUGGUGCUUUUCUGGAGCCCUCCCAUCUGCCAGAGGCUGCUGAUCGAGGUGAUGUUCAAGUUACUCGAAGAACUGCUUCUUUGAAUUCCUUCUCACCAGAGGCAUUCAUGCUCCCUGUUGAUGUAGAAAAGGAAAAUGCCCACUUUUAUGUUGCCGAUGCGAUUAUAUCAGCCAUGGAAAAGGUGAAGUGUAAUAUCCUGGGCCAACAGCAAGCAGAGGGCUGGGAUGGAGAGGAGGCCGGCACAUCCUCUGAGCACAGUCGGGCUAACUCUGAAGCAACAUUUCCUGACACGAAGCAAGAAUCUGGGUCUUCCGCUUCUUCAGACAGUGACUAUGAAGGCUGUGCUAUAAUACAAGCCAGGGCAAUAACUGAAACACCUGCCUUCUCUGACGUGGUGAAGGAGGCCUGCAAAUGUGACUUCGAUGACUUUGUGAUUUUAGAACUUGGAGAGCUUAAUGACAUCAUAGAGACCUGUAGAUGUUCCUGCAAUUCCACUAGGAGUAUCAAUUAUGAACCAGACUUCAAUGCUGCUGAACUGUUAGCCAAAGAGUUAUACCAAGUAUUUCGGAAGUGCUGGAUGCUGUCAGUGGCUGACUGUCAGCUUACAAGUUCCCUGAAUGCAGCCAGCUCCAUAGUGGUUAAUGAGGAUUGCGUCCGACAAGACUUUGAAGCCAGUGUGGAUAUAGUAGAAGAAAUUAAAUUGAAAUCUAAGAUCAGAGAGACUGAAGGCUGGGCCCCACCGAGAUUUCAAAUCAUACUUACUGUUCAUCCAUCAGUCAAGAGGGACCUGGUGGUAGCAGCCCAGAAUUUCUUCUGUGCUGGCUGUGGUACUCCAGUGGAGCCUAAGUUUGUGAAGCGACUCCGGUACUGUGAGUACCUGGGGAAGUAUUUCUGUGACUGCUGCCACUCCCAUGUCGAGUCCUGCAUCCCUGCCCGGAUUUUGAUGAUGUGGGAUUUCAAGAAGUAUCAUGUCAGCAACUUCUCCAAACGGCUGCUUGACAGUAUAUGGCCCCAGCCCAUUUUCAAUUUGCAGAGCCUCAGCCACAGCCUCUAUGUGAAGGCCAAAGAGCUUGACAGAGUGAAGGGAAUCCGGGAGCAGCUUUUCCAUAUUAAGAAGCUGUUAAAGACUUGCAGAUUUGCGCACAGUGUAUUAAAGGAGUUUGAGCACGUUCCAAGACACUUGACUGAUGAGCUCCACCUGUUCUCCCUAGAGGACCUGGUCAAGAUCAAGAAGGGGCUGCUGACUCCCUCCCUCAAGGACAUCCUGAGAGCCGCCCUCACACAUGUGGCCAGCUGUGAGCUGUGCCAAGGAAAGGGCUUCAUUUGUGAGUUUUGCCGAAGCGCGAGCGUCAUCUUCCCAUUUCAGACCACCACGUGCAGAAGAUGUUCAGUGUGCAGGGCUUGCUUCCACAAGCAGUGCUUCCGGUCAUCCCAAUGCCCCCGGUGUGCCAGGAUCACAGCCAGGAGAAGACUGCUGGAAAACUUGUCCUCUGCAGCAACAUGAUGGCCCUGGUGUUGUGAAACAAGACUUCGACAGGCCUUACAAUAAAACUGAUUUGUUCCCAUUAUUAGAUAUGUAUUAGAUGUAUAUUAGAUAUCAGGCAUUGUGCAUCAUGAAAAAGGAUGCUCAAUGUUCUCUUUAUUGGGUAUGUGUAUAUAUGUAUGUAUAUAUAAUGUUUGAAGCAUGGGGUUGUUACUAGCGGUUUUGUUGACAAAUGUUUGAUAUUUUUGCUGCUACUGAAUUUUGUAACUUUUAUAUACAUCUUAAAUUGGACUUGAAUAGUUGUAUUUAGAUGAGGUUUCUACAUAAUUGUAAUUGACAAGAUGAAUUACUUCCUUUCAAGCUCGUUUACUGAAACUGUUUAACACAUGCAAUGAACAAAAAUGCAAUCAAAAAUGUUUGCUCACGCUUCUUUUUCCUGUUCAAAUGCUUUUUUGUAAUAACGUCAGUAUGAGACAUUUUAUUUAUCCUAGGGUUUGUAUUGAGAGGACACAUGACUUCAGCAGUUGCUUUUAUUUCAAGGUGAGUUUUCAUUGCUUAGUGCUGCUUGUAGAUGCAGUUUGAGGCAGUUACCUCUAGAUGUGUCACUCUUUGAGAUGGCUCCACUCCAGUGGUAGGAGCUUGUUAACCAGGCCACGCUGUUUUGGACUAAGUUGGGGGAUCAAAAGGUGGUUAGUUCUUCAUCCCCGUCCUUGAGCUUCUUGCAUCAAAAACAUAAAACUGAACAUACUGUAUUUUCGCACUUACAUUAGCUUACAGGAAAUACUGUUAAUGUGAUUCUAGUAAUAACUUUAAAAUCGUGGGCAUUGAAACGAGUAGGUGAAUUGCAGAACUUUUAUAAAUUUUUACUUAAUAUUUCA